AUGUGCGGGCAGGCUGUGCCCACUUACCUGCCCACCCAUCAGCAGCAGAGCCAAGGCAGGAGCAGUACAGGCUCCUCCUCCCACUCCCUACAGUACUUCUACACUGGGGUAUCAGAGGCCGGCCAGGGACUGCCCAGGUUCGUGGCUGUGGGAUACGUGGAUGGCCAGCCCAUGGACCACUAUGACAGCAACACCAGGAGGAAGGUGCCUGCAGUGCCCUGGAUGAGGAAGGUUGAGAGGGAUCAUGCCGAGCACUGGAGAAACCCGAAUAGGCGGAUCAGUGAGUUGGUCUUCAAACAGAGCCUGGUGAACCUGCAGAAUUACUACAACCAGAGUGGUGGGUUUCAUACCUGGCAGAACAUGUACGGCUGUGAGCUGAGGGGAGACGGGAGCAAAGGAGGUUAUGACCAGUAUGGCUACGACGGGAGGGAUUUCAUCGCCUUCGACAAGGAGACCCUCACCUGGACAGCCGCCGAUGUCCCUGCACAAAACACCAAGAGGAAGUGGGAGGCUGAACCUGCCAUUGCCCAGCGUCUGAAGGCCUACCUGGAGGAGUCCUGCAUUGAGUGGCUGCGGAGAUACCUGGACUACGGCAAGGAGACUCUGCUGAGGACAGAGCGCCCCGUGGUGAAGGUGACGAGCCAGGCGGACCACGAUGGCUUGGAGACCCUCGUCUGCCAGGCCCACGGCUUCUACCCCAAGGCCAUCGAGACCACCUGGAGGAGGGACGGGGAGGUCAUGGACCAUGCGACCUUCCGCAGGGACGUCGCCCCCAAUUCGGACGGGACCUACCAUGCCUGGCUCAGCAUCAAGGUCGACCCCAAGGAUCGGGACCGCUACCGGUGCCACGUGGAGCAUGACAGCCUGCUGGAGCCCCUGGACAUUGCCUGGGAGGAGACCGGUGCAUCCAACUUGGGGCUCAUUAUCGGGUGUGUCGUGGGGGCCGCCUUUGCCCUGCUGGUAGCUGGGAUCGUUGGGAUCUAUUUCUACAAGAAAUGUCAAGAUUGCUACAGAGCAGCAUCAAGUGAGUAA